AUGGGGAUUAUAAUAACCCUGUUUAUUAUACUUCACUGCAUCACCGCAUUGAAGUAUGAAGGAAAUGAGUGCAGGUGUGAAGACCAGAUUUCCUCCCAUCAUUGUAUAAAAUGUUCUGUGUCGUGCCACACCCAAUUGGUGUACGAUUCCAGUUCUCGUGUUCCCGACAUUUCAUGUUUCCCGGACGUCGAAGUCCAGUACUGUUUAGAAAAUGAUCCGAAUAACCCUGCAAUUUGUAUUCGAUGUGAAAAGGGGUAUUAUCUUCAAUCCAACGAAUGUAAAGAGUGUCUUUCGAAUUGUGAAACGUGUAACGCCACACACUGUUUGUCAUGUAAGACCGACAGUGCAGUUACAUAUUUUCUCUCUCUUGACCAAACGAAGUGCGUUGACUGUUCUCUUUCCUCGAACGACAUUGAUUGCGGUCGAUGCCCAGAAGGCCAAGUUUUCAAAACCAAAUCUUCGCAAUGUGAAAAAUGUAACGAUAACUGCGCGAUCUGCGAUGAGUCGUUGGUCUGCAAACAAUGUGUGAAUAAAACAUAUGCGAAAAGCCAGAAAUGUGUUCCCAUUGAAAACUGUGAACCGGCGUACACAAUGGAAGACCACUGUGAAAUGUGUCUUCCUGGGUAUGUUCUUAUUAGUCCGUAUUGUUUAAGUUGCGAGAGUUACGUUCUUAACUGUUGGUCUGGUUAUUUCAUUGGACAAAGUUUCAAAUGUGUUUCGUGUCGUCAAGGAUACAUUAAAGUGGGCGAUUUAUGUAAAACUCUUGAGUCUCAGAACUGUAAAGAAGGUUCUGCUGAGUUGGGGUGUCUUGAAUGUGUCGAAGGGUACUUUUUCAAUUCCGAUAAGAAGUGUGAACAAUGCGACGAUGUUUGUGCCACAUGUGUGAAUGAAAAGACUCAUUGCCUGUCGUGUAAAACAGGGUACUAUUUCGAUAGUAACAUGACGUGCAUUCCGAAAGACAUCAAUUGCCAAUUAACAGACCAAGCCGGAUGUAAAGAGUGUGCUAAUGAUAUCACUGCUGACGUCACAUCAACGGGAUACUUUGUUCCUCUUGGCAAGCAAGAGUGUGAAUUGUGCCUCGACAAAUGCAGACUAUGUGAAGAUUACAAAGAUCAUUGCACUGCUUGUGUUCAAGACUAUGUCUUGAAAAAGCAAGUGACCGAUGGUGUUACGCACAAAAUUUGCGUUCUUAAAAGUGAGAAUUGCACUAAAACGGAUAUGGGAUACUGCACAUCUUGUAUUGAAGGAUUUUUCAUUGGUGGAGGAGUUGAUGACGACCAAGACUGCACCAAGUGUGAUGUAUCGUGUGGGACGUGCGAAAGAAGUGUUGAGUGUUUGACGUGUGCACCGGGCUAUUUCCGUCCAAAGGAGUGGGCAAAUGAUUCACAGUUUAUGCUUUGUAAGAGCCAAAGUGAAAUCAGCAUGACGUGCAAGAGUGGUACAAGUGGAUGUGAGGCGUGUUUUCCUGGCUAUUAUAUCAAUGUGAAUGAUCCAAAGCAGUACAACUGUUCUGAAUGUCCUUCUAUUUGUAAAACGUGUCAAUGGGUAGAGUCUGUGAGUAAACCGUAUUGUACGUCAUGUUUGGAUGAUACCCAAUAUGUAAAAAAUGGUGGAUGUGCUCCUUGUAAAGAAUUAAGUCACUGUGCAAAGUGUUCUGAAGACAAGUGCUCUGAAUGUGAGGAUGGGUAUUCAUUAGAUUCAGGGGAGGUUUCGUGUUCUAAAGUCAACAUAGCUCUUAUAGUCCCUCUUGUUGUGUUUGGAGUUAUAAUAAUAGGUAUUAUCAUCAUUGGUAUUGUCUGGAUCUUUUGGAGGAGAAGAGUCAGGAAAAUAAAUGAAGAGAAUGAUGCCAUUAAGCCGUUCAAAGUUACUUCAGACUUGGAAUUAUUACUUCUUGGUGCAGAUAACAAGAACUUCCCUUUGAAAACGGAUAAAUGGGAAUUGACAUUUGGUCUUAAAAAGAACAAAGCAGUUGUCGACCAGAUAUACGAGGAAAUCGUGAAUAUCGCAAACACGACAAACAAACAGUAUUUCUUCGAGUUCCACUUCACACCAAGUCAUCGCUAUGAAUUGACUAUUGACCCCAUCAACGCAACUCUGAAUCCACGAACAGCGAUUUGUAUUUCUGUCAAGAUCAAAAUGGCAUGCACUGCUUCGGUGUCCGAUGUUAUUGGAAUCACAGCAAUGGACGUCCACGAACAAACAAAAGAGACUGCCAAAUUUACUAUUAUAGUCGAGUCUGACUUAUCACUCAAACUGGACCACACCGAGUUGAAGCCAAUGUUACCAGCUAUUGGCGAAGGUGCGUUUGGAAUGGUUUUUAGAGGAACAUACCGCACUCGUGAUGUCGCCAUUAAGAAGAUGAAGUCGAGGAGUUUGACUGAGGAACUUGAAAAGGAGUUUAAUCAUGAAGUGUCGAUGUUGACACAAUUGCGUCAUACAUGUGUUGUUGAGUUAAUUGGAGCUGUUUACACUGAAGGAGAAAUAGCAAUCGUGACCGAGUUUGCGGAGUAUGGUUCAUUGAGUCGAAUAUGGGGGAAGCACGACGUCUCUUAUUUACUGAAAGUGAAGAUAUUAGAAGACGUCGCAUUUGCGUUGUCAUACCUCCACCAGAACCAAAUCAUUCAUCGAGACGUCAAAGGUGAAAACGUCUUAGUCUUUUCUCUGAAUCAGUUCUCAACGGUGUGUGGGAAACUUACUGAUUUUGGUACGUGCAGAAACAUCUCCGAACGAAGCUUAAGUGCUAAAGCGCUCACACAAGGUAUUGGAACACCUAACUAUAUGAGUCCGGAAUGUUUGAGAGGGACUGAGGGGUAUGGAUACCCAAGUGAUGUCUACUCAUACGGUGUAAUGAUGUAUGAGACCUAUUGCCAAAGAACUGCGUAUGACAGUACCGAUCCACGAUUUAACCAACCGUGGAUGAUCCCACAAUUUGUUAUUGAAGGAAAUCGACUUGAAAAACCGGAGGGUUGUCCAGACAAUUACUGGGACUUGAUGUCAAAGAGUUGGUCACAAAGCCAAGAGGACAGACCCAAAUUUUUGGAUGUCGUGAAUACAAUAGAGUCUUGGGGCGAAAAUAUCAGAGGAGUGAUGAACACAAAUAAGAAAAAAUCAAGAAAAGGGUACAAAGAUGGUAAAACAGAUGAUGGCAGUCUGAAGAACACAACUUCAACAUCUUCUUUGUCUUCCGAAGGCUCGAAAAGCCAAAGCCUCCACCCACUUGUUGAACAAGUUUAA